AGUUAAGGAUUGUUUUAAUUUUCUAUUGCUCAUCGGAAGUUGAUAAGUUCGAUGGUAACACAAAGAUGGCGAAGUUCAUCCCCAGAUGUGAAAGAAAACAAAUCAGUCAUAAAUACCAAAUGCGACUCUUUUUCCGUGUUAUUUUCAAGUUUAUCGUGAUUUUAGCAAUAAUCCUGACUCGGCUAAACUUUUCAUGACGGGGACAGUGCGGUCCGGUAGAGGACAAGGCUGGGACAUUUAUCCACUCCGUAGACUUUUGAAGAAUCCCACCCUGGUCGUUUGUAAGCAGAAGCAAACAAGACCAAAACUUGUUUUGAACAUGAAAUCGGCUAUUGAAAAUUUAAGAUACUUUGGUUCCAUGAGAUGUCAUCGAGGAAGCUUCGUUAUAUCUAGCAACCCUUUAAAUGUUUGUGAUCAGAUUUACAGCACAAAAUUUGUGGCAACCCGAGGAACGCCGGAACGACCAAGGGGCAAGGGGGCAGGCUUAAGUAAAAGAGCAUUUGAAAGUUAUUUCCUCGCUUCUACACUUAUCUCACAAAAAUAUUAGGACGACGAAUAACAAAAUGGCGACUCCAAAACUAGCAUUCUAACAUUGAUUGAACAAAUCUUGCUGUUAUGGCGGGAGUCUAAAAAAUGGUGUCAGCAAAAAUGCGAUUCCUAACAAAUUCAAUUUAUUUCCAAUCUUUCUAUGAUAGAAAAGUAACAAAAUGUCAGGAAGGAAUGGAAAAUAUCAAUGUUUUAGUUUCAAUGCCGAAAACACAAAAGCGACCAGAAAGAGAACGAGAAGCAAUAAAAUAUUUGGGUCUAGCGAGUCAUUUGUUUGCUGAAACUACAAGAAAGUUUGGUUGCAGCAAGUCUACAACACAUGUUAUUUACAAGACCAAUAAGCUAACAAUGCCUACUAAAAUUAAAAGAAUGGUAGGCCAGGGCAGGCCGACAAUUGGCUGGGCCUAAUAGCAUCUGCAAGCUGGCGUUGUGUGCGAAGUCAAUCAAUGCUGAAUAUUUUGUCGAAUUAUUUGCGGAAAGUCCCCAGGCAAGUACAGAAACAAGUAAUGAUUCUUUGCAAAGACAAUUUAUUUUUAAGCAAGAUAAUAAACCUAGUUAUGCUGAAAUUGUGACAAAAAUUUUCAAAAAUAUUAACAUCGUGGUCUUUCAAUAACCCCGUCAAAGUCAAAGCCUUGAUGUAAUUGAAAACAACUAGUUUUCAUUACAAAAAUCCAAGAAAUGAAAUCUUCUAAGACCAAAAAUUAUCUCUUUUAGAAUUUUAUUGAGAUUUCAUACUGUAUCCGAAGAUAUUUCGUUGCAAAAUUAAUUCAUUGAGUUCCAGUGCAAAUGGCGGCUGCCAGAUUCCUGGAGGUCAUCCGACAAUAUAAGAUAAAGCAAAUUGUACUUGUCUAAAAAGUCUAUUUUUUACAAGUUAUUAGAUAUAUGUUUAUUUUUACAAUUGGAUCAAAUUGCAAUUAAAAAUCUCAACCAGCAAUCUCGUUAUGUUCCGACGAUUAUCUAUGUUGUUCUUUGAGCAAAGGGUUAACCACAUUUGCUUUUAGGGUUGGCGUCCUAAUGUUGUAUACACUCCCCUCAUGAAAGUACCCGGACAGUUCGAAGUUCGAUUGCGCUUUCAGACAAAAACAAAAUUAGGCUGGCGAAAAGGACUUUUUAACUUGGUGAUAAUAAUUUUUUGAGAAACCCUUCCAAAAAAAACCAGAACACCAAAAUGCUGCAAAACUUCUGCGCUUUUUAUCCGUUAUCAUUUUUUUUUAAAUGCGAAACCUUUACGCUACAAGCCUUACGCAAAUCAACUGAUGUCAAAUAAGCGGAGAACAGCAAAGUCAGGUGACUUGGACUCAGUUUAAAUAGGCCAAUAAAACCUGGUAAUUUUUUACAAGCUGGUUCUUGAGACACAAAUAUUGUUGAAUAAAGAGAAAUACAACAUGUUUACUUUCAAUGGGGAAAAAUGUUUGCAUGGAGCUGCCACCGAUCGAUUAUAAAACAUGGAUGACAUUUUGUAACAUUUUACCGGAUAAAAACUUCUUUGAAAGCAGACAUAUCACUCAGUCCAGGGCCAUAAAGCUAUAAAGACAAUCUUGGCAAAAAAUAGCUGAGACUUUUUUCAAAAAGUGAAGUCAAAUGUCUUUUUAUUAUAUAACUUGCUCUGGUAGCCCACACCCCCUUCCCCCCGAUGUCAAUGUUUGGUUUUAUGAUUGCGGUAUAACUGGGCAUGAACGCGAGCAGAAUUACUCUCAUCACAACAUUUAAUUGGGGGGACGGGGGCUGGAUGAUUUGAAACUAGCUCAAUUUUCUGCGAGUGUCAACGUUGGUAGUUUCUUUUUUAUUUGUUGGUUUGACACGCAACUUCCACCCUAUUUUGGGUAAAACUUGAUAACUUGUGCAAAGCAGCCAUUUUAGAAGUUUUGUUUUGAACAGAGGCAGUUUAAUUUCAGACAGAAUUAUAAUCUCAUAUACAAUAAACUGUUACAGAUCGAAAAAUACAAAAUCUACAUAUACACGUUUACAAAUCAAUACUUGAGUCGUUCCCCUCUAUUUGCAAUAAUUAGUUUCAUUCUUUUGUUCAUCGACUCUAUUAUAGAGUUUGUAGUUUUUAGGGGUAUAUCUUUCAUUAUACAUCGUAUUCUAUUCUCAAAUUCGUCCAUUGUUUCAACUUCGAUGUUUCUUUCUAUUGCGUCUAUCUUUAAACGAGCUUUGACAAUUCCAAAAAAGUUCUCUAUUGGGUUCAUAUCUGGACUACGCGGUGGAAUUGGCAGGAGAACUGGAUUGACUCUUGUCAUGGCCUCCCUUGAUGUCGUGCUGUUUCGAAAAGGAUCUCCAUCUUGAACCCACAUGCGAGAUCCCUUCCCAGCCUCUUUGACCAUGUUCUCGAAGUGCUCGUCCAGAGACCUGCAAAGAAGUUUCCGGUCAUUUUUUCGUAUCUUUGGCAUAUUAUGACCCCUUUGUCGUAAGAGAUGGCAACUAUCAUCUUCACGUAUUUCCCUCCUGUUCCGCAUGCCUGUUCUUUCGCAGUGCAGCCCUGGAGAAGUCCCUCUUUUUUCAUUCGCCAUACUCGACCAGCUGGUGCCAUGGCCUGAUCUCGUGGGUUUCUUUUGUAAACGAAGCCAACCCCGUCCAAAUAGGAAGCAAUUUUUUGUGUCCACACAUCUUUUGGGUAGAAUUGAAGCAUAUUUCUGGCAAAACGGACUCGCUUUUGUUUAUCAGCUUCGCUCAAAAGCCCCUUUUUACGGGCCUGGAGAUAGAAAUAUCCAUUUUUAUUAAGAAAAUGUGAAACUGUUCUUCUCGCCACUCUUCCAUCCAGUAGGUCGGCCCUGGCCAUUAGUCUUUUUACGGUCCAGUUUGCAUUUUGCCUUCGUAAUGUGCCUACCAGUCUGAGAAUUCGUCGUUUAUCUUUUCUUGAUAGUUUUUCUGGCCGUCCACGUUUUCUUAUUUGUUUCUGUACAGGCUCCUUUUUUGUUUCUGAAUUCAAAGAACUCGCCCAAAUUUUGUAUAUAUGGGAGCACGAUACUCCAGUUUCCUUUAUCAAAUCAUCCACCUUUGAGCCUUUUCGAAACUUUAUAUAUGCACGAAUUUCUGUUGAUACCGGUCGCACACGCCCCAUUAUAACGAUUUGAGAAGCUAACGAUACUGUACAUUCUUAACUUAUUUCUCCUCUAACCAUACGUCACAACUACAGUCACGUGAGAUUUGGAUGGACAUUGAUAGCCUCGUAUUCAUAGCAACAGUUAAUCAUUGCAUUAAUUGGUACCCCUUUUUUAAAAAUUCGAAAAUACACCAACUCAACUUGAUACAUUGUAACAAUCAUAUUAAGACAAUCUUGGCAAACAAUAGCUGAGACUUUUUUCAAAAAGUGAAGUCAAAUGUCUUUUUAUUAUAUAACAUGCUCUGGUAGCCCACACCCCCUUCCCCCCGAUGUCAAUGUUGGGUUUUUUGAUUGCGGCAUAACUGGGCAUGAAAUGAUGAUUAAAUGAAAUUUAAUCAGAGUUAAUUUCACGAGGGGCUUUUGAGCGUUAACUAAAUCGCAUGAGAUUGUUGUUAAUACUAUUUCGUUAUGUUUUCUUGUGCCACGCUUCCUCGUGGUUUUCUUGUAUCUGCUCUACUAGUUUAUGGGCAAUGCGGGGAGUCUUUCGGCCUCCUGUGAAUUUGAUUUGUAUAACUAGGGUAAGAUGUGUGUUUCGUGGCGUUUUCAUUCCCUUGGUUAAUCGAGGAGUAUUUAAGGUUUUGGCAUAGCGUGUGUCUCAUCUUGCUUGGUGAAGCCACAAUUCAACUAGGCUGUUUAAUUGUAUUUUCCCAGCCCUCCCUCCCUCAAUUUGUUUCUUUAUGUUAAAUGCCUUUUCAGUAUAACUUUGCGUGUUGAGUUUCAUUUAUGGCAUCGUUGAAACCUCUCAUACCUUUAGGCAUCUUUUAUGCUUCUUUGAGUUUUCUGAUGCUAUUAGGUAAGGACUGGUGCAUCGGCUAUUAGUGGGGAAAAGAGGCUUUUCCUGUCCAUUCCCUCCCAAUUAUCAAUCAUUUUUGGGGGUUAUUGUGUAACUUCCCUUAGUAACCCCUAUAUGGUAGGUUGAGCGAUUGGCGCCGAUGCACCAACGGCCCAACUCGCUCUCGGUGAUGUGGGAACGUAGCCUCAUGACUGACCUUUCUGAUGUCAAUGGCAGUUUUUCUGAGGGAGCUUUAUGCCCUUCAUGUUGCAUUGGUAUUUCAUUCCCGAGUAAGUAAAUUAACGUGAGCAGAAUUACUCUCAUCACAACAUUGAAUUGGGGGGACGGGGGCUGGAUGAUUUGAAACUAGCUCAAUUUUCUGCGAGUGUCUCGGAAUUUUUUGCCAGGGGUGUAGCUCAACUAUGCUACAACCGAGAUGCAGGUAGAAUUUGUUACCACGGGAAAGUUUUUUGAAGACUCGUUUUCGUAUCUUGUAAGACUCGUAUGCAAAUACUUUCAGUAACGAUUAGAAACCUAAACCAAGAUGGCGAUUUACAUUAUCGUUGUCCUCGUAACUGCUGCCAUAAUUAACUAUAUACUCCUCGUUAAAAGCGUGAAAACAACACCGAAAAAUAAAGAAACUGCAAGUUAUAAACGUGCUCACGCUUUGAUUACAGUUGGUUUUGUUCUUUCAUUUAUCACAGCAUCAUUCAUUGUUUAUUUUGUGUGGAUUUUUCCAACAUGGUUCAAGAUUUUGUCUUUCGUAGGAGCUUUACAUUGCUGUGCCUUCUUCUACCUUUGGAUAAACAUAGUAUUCAAUUAUUUGACACUUGUAUUUACAUCUCCUGGGAAAGGAUACACCCUAUCAGAAUUGGACGAAGAAGGAUAUUCAGCAAAGAAUCGCCCAAUCUGUGGAAAAUGUAGACGGCUACAGUGCCAGGGUACCUUUCAUUGCAAUCAAUGUGCCUACUGCGUGCGUCUGUUUUCACACCACAGCUAUUUGGCAAAUAACUGUGUUGGACUCAACAACUUUUCCUACUUUUAUUUGCUGUUGUGGUAUUCUUUGUUUGGUGAAAUUUAUGGUCUUUGGCAGCUAUAUGGGCCGUUCCGAGCAUGCAUUCUUCACAUAGAAGAGCAAACAAGCGAUUGUGUAGCAUUAGGUGAUUGUCCUUGGCUAUUCCUUGUUCUGCUGCUUGCACUUGUUUUCACAGCAAAGUCAUUGUUAUUUCACACGAUCCUCCUCAGAAUGGAUGUAUCACAAAUUGAUUUUCUGACAGAGCUUAAGACAUCGUCAUCCCUUUUUAGUUUUGCUAAGUACCUCUGCUUCAAAAUUUUCAAAAGGAAGCUAAGUAGGCACAGAAUGAAACAUCUUUUAUUUGAGCGAAAGCCACAGUGGAAGCACAUCUUCUUGCCAUCUUUGAAUGAGCCCCCCAUUGAUUUAUCUGCAGAAGAUGUAAUUGACUACGAACUCGAGGCAGGUGACAUGGUAUGAUACAAUCAAAGAGUUAUAAAAGGUAGCAGUUAAUAGAAUUUGUCAAUUUCUGAUAAAUCUUGGAUUGAUAAAGACUUCACAUCAUUUGCAAAAGUUGUUUGAGACUGAGACAGAAGAUUUCUGAACUAGGGAGCUCAUCUCUGAAUCUAAGACUUCACCAUUUCAACAAAGGAGUUACUAUGUUGACAAGGUUCUGAAAAGUUUGGAUUUCUAAUGUGCAGACAGGCAGCUCAAUUGACCUUAAGUGUUUGUUUACAUAAGGAAGGCUAGCAGGCCUAGCAAAGUCUGUGUGCUAUAUAGAUACCUUUGAUUUAUACAAUUGAGUUUACAUGGAGAGUGCGCCAGUUGAUCUAGGGGAGAUAAGGAAGAAUGACUGGCUAGAUCUGCAUCUAGGAGGAUGCAAAUACAUGUAAAUGUGACUAGAUUGGUUGGUCCACCCAAGUGACCUGGAAUUCAAUUUUAAAUUAAUAUCAUAUAACCUUUUCCAUUUGUUUUGCUUUGUUCUUUAUUGACUUGUUUUGUUCAUACAAUCAAAGCUUUUCUAUCAGUAGUUCCCCCAAACAACUAAGGCCAUUAUAAAAUGCACAAAAUCUUUAUACAAUUGCUUUCAGGUUUAGUUCACUUCAGAUGGAAAUUAAUAUAGCUUAUACAGGACAUAAGAAUGAACGUUUAUAAUUUGACAACAAAUACAAUCUGUAAACCCAAUUAGCAAUAAUCUGCCAAAAACUUAUGCAUUAGAUAUUUUCCAUGAAUGAAGGUUCAUUUUCAGUUCAAGCUCAUUUUAUUUUAAAUUCCACAACAUACAUUUCAACAGAAUACUAAAUUAAAAAUGCAGCAAAUUAAAUAGCAAAAAAUUAUUAUCACAUUAAUAUGUGGAACACAAAUUAUCAGUGGAAUAUGUAUGUGUAUCAGUGGGAUGGCAAAUCAAAUCAAGGAGAGGGGUCUGCUUAUACACAGAGCAAUUUCAGCAUUUCACAGAUAUCAAAGCAACAAGUCACAUUACAAAAUAUAUGAACUUAAUACUGUGUCAUAUAGAUGUAGCCAAAACUUAUUACUCAAUCCCCGGCAAAAUAAGAUACUUCCAAACUUUAGAAAUAUUCAAGACUUCCAAACUUUAGAAAUACAAUUUUCAUUGUUCAAUUGUAUUUGCGAUCUUUGCAAGGAAUACAUAAUGCAACAUUGGCUGUUUAUGAUUUAUAUAAUUCAAUGGUGAUUUUAAUUUGUUUGUUUUAAUUAGCUUGAUGUAUAGUUAAUAAGCUUGAUUUUGUACCAACUUUAAAUAAAGAAAGCAACGAGUGACUGUAGAAUAUACUAAAAUUUAAGAAUGUUCCUCUCUUGAAAGCUUUUAUUUGUCAUUUUGAUGUAUUUAUUUUUGUUACCCUAGAAACAUUUUGUUAGAACCAUACCGAUACUGUUGAUAUAAUGUAAAAUAAGAAGGUCCAAGAGUGUAUAUUGAAUACAUUGUAAUACAUUGAACGAAAGAGUGUUUUUUAUAUUUUAUUAACGUUUUAUUUAAUUCGUGAAUGGUAUUACAUGAGUUGUAUUCGUAGAUAGCAGGCCCCCAUCAGCUGCAACCUGACAUUAGUUUAACCUGCUUUAACAAAUAAAUAUGCAUGUAUUUAAACACAUUAAACACAAUUCAGUAGAUUUUUCGAUCGAACGAACAGUAGAAUGUUUAAAAGAGAAAGAAGCCUACGUUACCAUCAAGGUUCACAAAGAAAACUUCCCAUCAAGGUAGCCUGUAGACUUAGAAGUCCAACCAAAUCAGACAUUGGAAAAAUUAGCAAAACAGUAUUAACAACGGUUCUCACAGCAAGCAAAGUUCAUCAAUGUAAAAUACAGACUCAGUU